AUGUCGGUGAAAACUAUCCACAGAGAUAAGUGGCAGCCCACCAAGGCCAGUUAUGGUGGCUGGCAUAGCGACGAUCCUGAAGAUACGAACUUCAUACUAACAAUUUUUCCAUACAGAGAGUGGCCACAUCCUCAGGAAAAUCGGAGGAUCCUUACGCAGGAAAUGGUUGAAGCUGCAAAGACAAAUGAAGCUUUACUUCAGAAGCACCAUGCAUUCUCUUUGACAGUGAAGGUUUACAGCUUGCCACCUACUGCUGCAGGAGACAAUGAUGCAGAGAAAACAUCAGAUAUGGCAGAAGAAAUCAUGAACCUGGGUGAUACAGAUGUGAAAACUUUUCAUGAUUGUAAUAUAGGAAGAAAACAGAGAGACACAGGAAGAUUCCAUAUAGACGCAGGAAGAUUCCAGAUACACAUAGAAAAAUUCCAGAUAGACAUAGAAAGAUUCCAGAUAGCCACAGGAAGAUUCCAGAUAGACAUAGAAAGAUUUAAGAUCAACACAGGAAGAUUCCGGAUACACACAGGGAAAUUCCAGAUAGACACAGGAAGAUUCCAGAUAGACACAGGAAAAUUCCAGAUAGACAAAGGAAGAUUACAGAUCAACAUAGACAAAUUCCAGACAAACAUGGAUCCCGUUUCCUAUGCAUAA